CGAAUACAGUGGUGUGCUUGGAUUGGUUGUUUUUUUGUUCAAUUUCGAGUGAAGUACGUUCACCAUGAGGGGUUUUAUAUGCCUGGCGCUACUAAGCGUCGCCAUUUCGGUGGUCGCUGCCGAUCGCGGCGAGGCGCUGCAGCUAUUCUCGGACCUGAAGCGCUCGAAGAAGAGCCGUGGACUGGGCCGGAGUGACGACUUCGUGUCGGUGGUGCAGUCCGAGCUGCUGCUGGCCGAGGAGGAGUACGUACGCUCGUCGAUUAACGGCGAGUCGGGCGUGCUGGAGGCCCUGUCGGAAGAUGCGGCCCAGACGAGCGGUCCGGCCUGCGUCGACUUUAUCAAGCAGAAGGCGGCCAUCAUGAUGAACCUGGCCGGCGUUUCCUACGCCACCUGCCUGCGAGUGGUCGAUGACGAGGUGUUUGCGGCGCUUUCGACGGCUACCGAUGGAGCCGUCUCGCGUGACCAGUACGAUGAGGCCAACGUGCUGAGUGCGUUCCGUGGCGAGAACAUCUUCGUCGAUCCGUCGCGCAUCCGUGGAAAGCUGCAGCAACGCAUGCGUGGUUCGUUCCGUCUGCCGGCGCUCGACGCGGCCAAGAUCGCCGUAGUGAAGACGGAGCUGGAGGCGGUGAAGGAUCGGUUCAUCAAGUGCAUGAAGACGGCCCGGGGUGGACUCGAUGAUACGCUGAAGGCCACCUCCAAGCAGCUGAAGCUGGUGUGCGCGAACGAACGAGAGUGAACUCUCCCCGACGACAGUUCUGCGGUUCAAGUCACAUGCAUUCCGAAUCUAAUAAAUUAUUUUACCUAAUGUGCA